AUGCCAUCUGUGGCCAUCUGUGUCGCUUGUAAUCACCACUUUUGUUGGAAUCAUUUUUGUGAACAUCGUCAAACCUAUGAAAAAUACGUGGAUGAUGCUCGUGAUCAUCAGCAGCCUUUAUCUAAAUGUUUGAUCGAAUUCGAGCACCUUGAAAACAAAAUUCGUUCAAAUAUCGACAACUGGGAACACCAAGCAAUUGAAGGUACUCGUCAAUCAGCCGACUUUGCUAGAAGAACACUCGAAAAUCAUAUAAAACAUUAUCGAUCGCAUUUUGAGGAAGAAUCAUCAACUAUUGCAGACAGCAAAUCAAUAAAUCGAGAUGCUCAAUUAAUUGGAUUGGAAAAAUUACAAAAUGAGUAUGGUCAUUCAUUGGAAAAUAUACAUAUCAUACAGCAUUUUGAUCGAAGAUCUACAUUGGAAAUCGAAACGGCAAACCCAAGAAGAGAAAGUUUCUCGUCAGAGCCAUGGAAGGAAGUAUCAUCCAUUUGCGGUGUUGACAUGCCUCAGACAAUAUUAGGAAAACGGCUCUUCCAGAAACCUCUAGCAAAAAGCUCUGUGAGCAACUAUUGGGCAAUAGGUGCCUCCGAUGAAUAUUUACUUGCACAAGAAUAUGAAAAUAAACAAUUGACAUUGUUUGAUCGACAUGGUAGACGAGAUAUUUCGAUGACAUGGCACUAUGAUGUGGUGAUUCGUGAUAUUCAAUGGAAUUAUGAUCUACGACAAUUCUUUAUUCUACUCGAUAGAAAACUCAUUCUUUUCGAUCCAGUAAAUCAAGUUUUUCAAGAAAUCACUCGAAUAACACCUUAUCAAUCGAAUACUUUUCGUCGAUGUACUUGUAGAAAUGAUCGUCUAUUUAUAUCCUAUUGGUGUCAAGAGAGUGCUAUUGAAUUAAUUCAGAUUAGUUCUUGGAGUUUUCAGCAACGAUGGUCAAGUCCUAUGACGUGUCAUGCAAAUGAAUUUAUCACAUGUAUUCGACUGAACUCAAAGGAUCAACUUGCUUUGAGUAUUCAAGAUGAAAAUAAUCCACUCAAUCGAAAAUUUCGUUUCGAACUUCGUGAUCUCACUCUUAAUACGUUACAUACUAUUGUUCUUGAUACAGACUCUGGUAUUUUCUCACGUAUGACUCCAUUACCUGACGGUUAUUGGGCUUUGUUGAAUGUGGAUAAUAAUUUAGUUUUUAUUCUCAAUGAACAGGAUGGAGUGAUUGACAAAAUUGACCUUCUUCAUGGACCAUUGCAUAAUAUCGCUUUGAUUGGUGAACAUACUAUUGUGAUUCGUGCCGUCAAAAUACUUUUCUUCUAUGACGUGGAAUUUGGUGGAGAAAGGCAACGACAAUAG